ACUUGUGCUUUGUGAUUGGUCCGGCGGCUUCUGGGAUCUGUCAUGUGUCCCAGGUACCACCUUACCAUUCACAAAAAGCACCGCUGCUUGCGCAUGCGCACUUGGCACCCGGCUGUCAAGCCCAGCACCCACACUACAGAAGCCGGGAAGACCGCGUGCCGCUGAAUAGAGGAACAGGCAAGGUCCCGCUGCAGAGCUGAGCGGCCAGCCCGGUAUUCUGACAUGGCGGCGUAUUCUGAAAUACCGGACCGGCCGCUCUAUAUUCGCUCCAUAAGACGCACUGACAU